AUGCACAAGCGCAUCGCCUUCGUCUCCAAGAUCCUUGCCAACCACCCGGGCCCGACCCGACGCUUUGCACUCCACCUCGUAUACUGGCCCAACAUCCCGGGCGUUGUCGAUGGCUGGUUCCGCUCCAGGCCCCUCUCCGGCCUCCAGGACCUCGAGGUCGUCAACAAAUCGAGCCGCUACGUGCUGCUGCCGUCGCACGCGCUGAUCCGCUUCGCGCCCACGCUUUGCCUGCUCAGCCUCAGCCAGUGUCGAUUUCCGGACCUGGGUGUGCCACCGAGUUUUCCGCACCUCAAAGAGCUUAUCAUGUACGAUGUCGGUAUCUCGGAGGACUCUUUCAAAACCUUCAUCUCCAGGUGCUCUGUUUUGCAAAGCGUUUCACUGCACAACAUGGAAUGUGGCCGCGUUUGCAUCAACUCGCCGACUAUCAGGAGCAUGAGCUUCUACGGCCGUUGGAGAAGUGUCAUCACUUUUCAGGAGCUGGUCAUUGAGGAUGCCCCUUCCCUUGAGAGGUUGGUACCACUUGAUCCAGACGGUGGUCCAGCGACCAUCCACAUAAUCCAGGCACCUAAACUGAAGAUACUUGGUUUGUUAUCUGGAGGCAUAUCCACACUCUGCAUUGGAACCACGGUUUUUCAGAAAAUGGUUGCCGUCAGCUUGAUAACCAAAAUGCACACAGUUAAGAUUUUACUUCUUGACUCUAUUGGUCCUAAUCUGGACUCAGUUGUUAACUUCCUCAAGUGCUUCCCUUGCUUGGAGAAGUUGUAUGUCAUUGUUUCACAUCCAGAAAGGGAUUCUUUUUUCUAUCCGCAGUUGCAUUCAGAAAAGGAUAUUAACAAUGUGCGGGAGUAUGACCCACUUGAUCCAAUUGAAUGCCUUGAACUCAAUCUAAAAAAGGUGGUGUUGAAGAAUUACGAUGGUAUCAAGAGGGCAAUAAUUAAUUUUGCCAAGUUCUUUAUUUUGAAUGCCAAAGUGCUGGAGGAAAUGGAAAUCGGAGUCCUCGGCCAUGGCAAUGACAAACGGAUGCAGUAUCUACAUGAAGAGCUACAGGUGGAGAAUAGAGCUUCUCAAGAUGCACAAAUUGAACUAAAGAGGGAUGUACGACAAGAUUUCAAACACCAUAGGCAUACCCAUGAUUUUUCGGUGGCGGACCCUUUUGAUAGGCCCUGUGGACGGUUGCUAUAG